GAAUUUCCAUCUUGAUCUUUCACUCUUCUUUCCUCUGAAACAGCACUUUGCACCCGCCUCACUCAUCGCAACGGAUCGCAGCAGUGAACCAUGUCCAAGCCUUCAACACCAACACAGCACGCCUCCAAUACGUUGCUUCUUCGUCGUCAGCUUAACGAACUCACCAAGCACCCUGUAGAGGGAUUCUCCGCUGGAUUGGUUGACGAUGAUAACAUGUUUGAAUGGGAAAUCAUGGUCAUUGGGCCUGCCGACACAAUCUAUGAAGGUGGCUUCUUCAAGGCUCGGCUGACAUUUCCUCCUGAAUACCCUCUGCUUCCACCCAAAAUGCGUUUCGUGACUCCCAUGUGGCAUCCCAACAUCUAUCCCGACGGAGGCGUCUGUAUUUCUAUCCUUCACAAUCCUGGCGAGGAUCAAUAUGGAUAUGAAGACGCCGGUGAGCGAUGGAUGCCCGUUCACACCGUUGAGACUAUCCUUGUUAGCGUCAUAUCCCUUCUUUCUUCAGACACACCAAAUCUGGACAGUCCCGCCAACGUCGAUGCCGCCAAGGAAGUUAGGACCGAUCCUGAAGGUUACAAGAAGAAAGUUCGAAGACUGGUACGCCGAAGUGCUGAAGAAGCUUUCGAUUAAAUGUGGCGUAGCUGGAAUAUGGACGCGGUUGUGGAUGGCGGUAUCAUGUCAAAUCAACGCGCUACAUCUCCGUGCUAUACACCAGCUUCCGCCGUUCUGUCGAUAUCCUGUUACUUCAUUCUCGCUGUAGUUCACAAAUGACAAUUAAAUAUUUAGCUGUACAUUCAUUUUGCCGCAUUUUGUAUAUUUCUGUUUCCACAGCUCCUACAGUCUGAAUAAGUCCACUCUGGGAG